AUGAAAGAAACCCUAACAAUCCCAAUUUCCAUGGCAAGAUUCACAUCCUUCUCAUGGAGACCCUCAAUCACAAUCCCAAUCCCAAUCCCAAUCCCAGUAGCAGGCCCUCUCUUUCGUCGCCGCAAGCAAUUUUUCUCUGUCAAACCUCAAUUUCUUCACUCUCCGAAACCACAACGACUCCUGGUAUUUGCAGCGAACAACGAGAAGAAGGAAGAGGAGAAUAACGAAGCCGUUAGGGAAGUGGAAGACAAAGAAGAACAAAAACCCAGUGGUUCCAAUGGAGAAGAAGAAGAUGAAAAGAAGAAUUUCAGCAAAGAAAGAAGAACAAUUUUCAGUUUGAGUUGGAAUUCCCUUUUUGACCCUGACCCAGACAACGUGGUUGCGCUUGGGUUGACCGGGAUUCUGACAUGGGCGAGUGUUCAAGUUCUCUGGCAGCUGUUGUUCAUCUCCUUCGCCAUUCUUGUCGCUGCAAUCAAGUACUCUUUCAUUGCUGCUCUUCUUCUCUUCAUUCUCAUCACUCUUCUCUAA